AUGAAAAAACAGAGGCAGCUGAGUGAACCAACGGUCGAUCUGAUCCCAGAGCAGUCUCUCCUCUGGAGACGGUCGCUGUUCUGCUCCAACGGCUUCCAUCGCUCUGUUUCCAGACUCAAAGGUUCCUUAACACACAGAGCUGCAGACUUCACACCGACUGCAGACGCAGCUACGAGGGCCAGCAUUCAAAGAGUAACUCCUCGUCAGCGGUGUGGGCUGCUGGAGACAGAAGACCUCCUGAUGGACACAGCUCUGACCUUCAUCCUCCUCCUGCGGUGUUGGUGUGUUUGCUCUCCUCCCAGCAGACAGUCUGUCUCCUUCUCCACAGUGUUCAGUGGAGGGACUCUGCUGCUGGUCUACGCUGAUGAAGAAGCAGCCGAUUGUGAUGAAGAUGAUCUUCAUCACCAACGUGACAAGACAGCAGGUUCUGGUCCGUCGGUUCAGAUUCUAUCGUCCGUCCCGUUCUCUCUAGAUCCAGAAUCUCCUCACCUGCUGGUCUGCGUCCUCACUGGUUUAAACUCACCUCUGCAGGACGUCAUGUGGUGGGUCGAUGACACGGCAGUGACAUCAUCGGACGUGUCAUGGACGAUGUCAGAGGGGGGUGGAGCCUACAGCGUCACCUCAGUGUGGGAGGUGCCCGCAGCAGACUGGAGGUCCAGAUCCACAUACUGGUGUGGGACGAUCCAGGAGGGACAAGUUUACAAACAGAAACUCUGCUCACAGGACCCACUGUGACUCAGAGGUCACAGGUUCGAGUCCCAGACACAAACACGCUGCUGUGAACAGAUGGAGCAGCUGAUGAAUGGACACUUUAAACAACUGCACCAUGUGUCAUGUAUGAACUUUAUUCUUUAGUCUGUUUUUCAUCUUUCAUCUUCAU